AUGUCCACACAACUACUUCUAACCUUCCUUUCCCUGUUCAUCUUCCUAUGCUUCUGGCUUCUCAUAAACAAGCACUCACCGCUCUACCAAUGGCCAUUGCUGGGAAUGCUCCCCAGCCUUCAACUUGGGCCUAGCUUCAUCAAAGCCGACUACAUGGUCACGAGCGAUCCCACCAACAUCAACCACAUCUUCAACAAGAACGCCGCCAACUACGACAAGGGCCGGGACUUCAAGGCCAUAAUGGAGGCUCUGGGCGAUGGGAUCUUUAAUGUCGACGGGGAAUUAUGGAAGUUCCAUAGGAAGCUCCUCCAUUCCUUGUUGAACAAAUCCGAGUUCGAGGGUCACUCCAUGCACAUCCUCACACAGAAGGUGAGGAGCACCCUUAUGCCGGUCCUCGACAGAGCAGCAGCGAGGACGACGGACAGGAACGAGUUGGUGGACCUACAGGACAUGUUUAAGAGGUUCAUGUUCGACAACAUGUGCCUAUUGGUCUUUGGAUUCGACCCUCAUUACCUCUCGGCUGCGGGGUCCGAAGGAGGCUGCCUCCUUGAUAGUGCAUGUGGCAAGGCAUUCGAUGAGCUGGAGGAGGUGGCGAUCUACCGACACAUAGUUCCGCUAUGCGUGUGGAGGCUUCAACACCGGCUUAAGAUUGGAAUUGGGUUGAAUUGCAUUCGAGCUUGGAGCACCCUAGAUGAGUUACUGUAUGGUAUCAUCGAGAGGAAGAAGCAAGAAUUAGCGACCAAACACUUUGUCGACAAUGAUGUGCAUAAGAGAAACAAGGUGGAUUUGUUGACACAAAUCUUGGUCAUGAAAGAUGAGGAUGACGGUGGUAACGAAAAAAUCAUUGAUAAAACAUCCGACAAGUUUUUGAGGGACACUACAUUAACAUUGGUCGCAGCUGGGAGAGUUGCCAUCGCUGCCUGCCUUACUUGGUUUAUAUGUGAUAUUAAUGGAGAAGAAAUAGGAGGAUUCUUCAUAAACGACGAGUUGAACAAACUUGUUUAUCUCCAUGCAACCGUUUGUGAGACACUGAGGUUGUACCCACCGGUGCCAUUAGAACACAAGUGUGCCGUGGAGGCAGAUGUCCUUCCAAGCGGGCACACUGUACAUAAAGAAGAAAGGAUAAUAUUGUCCGUACAUGCCAUGUCCAUGAUGGAGGAGAUAUGGGGAGAAGAUUGCUUGAAAUUCAAACCAGAUAGGUGGAUUUCUGAGAAGGGGACGAUACUACAUGUCCCUUCGUACAAGUUCAUGACCUUCUUGGCUGGGGCAAGGACCUGUUUGGGGAAGAAUAUGUCAUUCACGCAAGUCAAGUCCCUGGCCAGCGCUCUUCUUUGGAACUACAAUUUUGAACUUAUAGAUGAUGGUCCCUCCGAUAGGCCGGUGCUUGGCAUGGUGUUGUUCAUGAAAGAUGGGUUGAAGACGAGAGUCUCCAAGAGAAACCAUUAA